ACUUGUAGAGGGUCUCACAAAUGUACAAAACUUGGAACUUUAUCAUACCACAAUCUGAUAUAACAAAAUCUGAAGACAAAGUUAUAAAAUUUGCUCUGAUAUCAUAAAAUCUCUAAAUAAAAUCUAACUUACAAGAUCAAGAUUUAUAUCUAAAACCUAUGUUCAAUUUAUAAGAUGGCUAGCCUUCUAACUCGUCACUCCCCCCGUUUUUCCCUGUCUUUGAUUUCGCUUCCUUAAAUGGUGGACAAAGAAAAACUAUGAGAUAACUCAGUAAGUAAAUAUGGAUAGCCCUUAAUUAAACUUAUAGCAUGCUAACCAGUAUAAUCACGAAAAACGGAUACAGUACGGGAAUGAAAUAGACGUCUCCUCUAUAGGUCAUGACCAGUGUUAUAAACCUCCCACUGGCAGGCACACGAUUUACUAGUGUAUAAUCUCACUAGCAGGAUAACAGUCACAUAAACGAACCGGUUCUAUCGGUAACAUGUCGACAUGUGCUAGCGUUUAUAAAUCUCCCACUAGCGGGGGCACGAACAAUCUAACCAUAUCGGAGACAAAACAGGCAAAAGUUAACAGGAAAAUCAUAAUUCACAAAUCAUUUUCAGAUCAUCAGGGCAGUUAAGUAAACUCCAAGAAGGCAUGCUCAAGUCAAUAAAAAGAAUAAUAAUUUUAUUUCAAAUCAAUCAUACUUGUGUAAAACGGGUUUAGUCCCGCCACCACUUCAAAAACAAGUUAAAAUGUGCUUUAAAAUCGGAGGGCGUUACCAUAAUUUACUUACCUCAAAUCACGUAACACAGAAAAUUCACUUCAAGUGUUAGGGUGACAGAACAAUCAAGAACAUAACCAAAAUAUUCAAAAAUUAAUAUCCAUAUAAAAACUACUUAGUUAA